GUUUUGGAACAUAGCCUAAGAUAGUAUCUCAAGAUUUAUGAUUAUUACUUCAUUAUUAAAAUGGAGUAAAAUUGAUAUAAACUGAGGAUCGAAUAAUGUGAAAUUACAAACAACAAAUAACGAUAAUGUAAAGUUUUUGUUGUUCGCACGUUUCAAGAAAUAACAAUUGUUGAAUUGUAUGAUUGUAUUCCCUCCCCUUUUUUAACUUUCCCCCUCUCGUUCUCGUUUGUUGAUUCGGCGAUCAACAGCUGAUCGUGCAACGUGCAGGGUGGAGUGACGUAGAUCAAAGGCUCACAAAAGUGAAAUAAAUUUCACGCACUUCGCUGCAAUAUACAUUCUUACGUAUGCAUAUGUAUAUAUAAUAAAGUAGAAUUUGUUAAUCGCGCUCGUAUUGAAAGCAAAAAUAAAAUGCUGAAGCCGAAGGCGCUCACACAGGUUCUCAGUCAGGCGAAUACCGGGGGCGUGGAAAAUACUUUGUUGCUCAACAGAGAUGGUGGAUUAUUAGCAUACAGUGGUUAUGGAGAUAAGGACGCUAGGGUUACAGCUGCUAUCACGAGUAACAUUUGGACAGCUUAUGAGAAGAAUGGGCGAAAUGCCUUUAAAGAAGAUGAACUGCAGUUCGUUCUCAUGGAUUGCAUGGAAGGAAAAGUCGUUAUUACGGAAGUAGCUAAUUUACUUUUGUGUUUGUAUGCAAAGGAGAACGUAGGAUUUGGAUUACUGCGCGAAAAAGCACAGGCGUUGGCCAAGUAUCUCGAUCAACCCUUAAAAACAAUAGCAAAUAUGCCUUGAAUGGCUAUGUCACAAUCGAUUCAGUUUCAAGAGUCUGCAAUCGUAUUCGAGAGAUUACGAAUUUAACUCAUGAUAUUUAUUGUUUAUAGGAAUUUGUAAGUUGUACUGUAUGUGUAUAAAUAUAUUUUUUAUUAAUUCGAAGUAUCAGCGUGUAUUUCCAUUUUUUAAUACGUGCAUUUGUACACAAUUGUAAACGGUAUAUGAAUAUAGAGACAUAAAUAGUAUAUAAGUAUAUAAGUAUAUAGAUAAAUGAAGUAUAUAGAUAAAUGAAAGUAAGGACAAAAACCACUCUUUAAUGUAUAUAAUAAAUCUUUUAUUUCAUAUAAGUUACAAUUAAUACAAA